AUGGCUACUCGAAAACUCGUCUUAGGCUUCUUCCUCUGCCUCCUUGGCACCACCGCUCUUGCCACCACACGCUCCCCACGCCUCGGCGGCCCUGAGCUCUGCAACCUUCAGCGACUCUCGGCUACCCAACCUGCUCAACGCCUUGAGUUCGAAGGUGGUUCCAUCGAAACAUGGGAUGUAAAUGACGACCAGUUUCAGUGCGUUGGAGUUGCUCCGAUGAGAAAGACAAUCCAACCGAACUCUCUUUCGCUUCCUAGCUUCCAUCCAUUCCCUAGAAUUGUUUUCAUCGAAGAAGGUGAAGGGAUUAUCGGAGUACACUUUCCGGGAUGUGCCGAAACAUUCGACACCGGAGUUGGGCAACAACAGCAAGAAUGGCCGCGUAAAAUGGGCCAACAAGGACAAGAAGAACCACAAGGUUUUGAUAUAUCAGCAGACUCCCACCAGAAAGUGCGCCGAUUCCGUCGUGGAGACAUCGUCGCCAUUCCCGCCGGUGCCGUCCACUGGACCUACAACGACGGGAACCAAGAAGUGGUGGCAAUCUCCAUCAAUGACAUCAACAACCCCGCCAACCAACUCGACAUGCAACCUAGGUCAUUUUUCCUAGCCGGAGGGACUUCAAGCCAAAGUGUUCAAGGACAGAGGCACCCGACGCGCAAGCAGCAACAACAGGGUGGGAACUUCGAUUUCCUGAACAUUUUCGCCGGCUUCGACACAGAAUUACUAGCGGAGGCAUUCAACUCCGACCCAGAAAUUGUCAGAUCGAUGCAGGAGCCAGGUAACCGUGGGUUAAUCGUUAAAGUGCAGCAACCCAUGCAAUUUGUCACCCCCGACGAACAACAGGAAGAACAAACUCCAUUUGAACGACGACAAGGCGGAGGAGCCGCCGCAUCUAACGGCCUUGAAGAAACCAUAUGCAGUGCCAAAAUCGUGUACAAUUUGGACAACCAGAGAGAGGCCGACCUCUUUUCCCGGCAAGCCGGAAAACUGAACACCGUCAACGAGCACAAACUGCCGAUUCUUUCUUUGUUGGACCUGAGUGCUGAGAAAGGACACCUUCAACAGAAUGCGUUGUUCUCGCCACACUGGUCGAUAAACAGCCACACCAUCUUAUACGUUCUUAGUGGCGAUGCACAUAUCCAGAUCGUGUCCAACAAUGGUGAAGCAGUGUUUGACGAGCAGGUGAACAGAGGCAACAUAGUCGUCGUCCCACAGUUCUUUGCGGCCAUAGCUCAAGCUGGACAAAACGGGUUCGAGUGGGUGGCAUUCAAGACGAACAAGUCUCCAAUGAAGAGUCCAGUAGCAGGAUACACGUCGGUGUUCCGAGCCAUGCCGCUUGAAGUGAUCACGAACUCAUACGAUAUCUCGCCAAGCCAAGCUCAGAGCUUAAAAACCAACAGGGAAACUGAAAGUAUGCUGUUCUCACCACAGAGAACCAGCCAAAGCUAA